CCUCCGGCAAUCGGGGAGGGAACAUCGGGCAGGCCCGGGAGAGCACCCCAUCUACAGUGGGACCUGGUCCCCCAGGAGCGUGGGGAUGAGCACCUGCGGCAGGAAGGCGCUGGCCCUGCUGAGCAGCGUGUUCGCAGUGUGUGGCCUGGGGCUGCUGGGAGUGGCCGUGGGCACCGACUACUGGCUGUACCUGGAGGAAGGCGUGGUUGUGCCACAGAACCAGAGCACCGAGGCCAGGAUGUCGCUGCACUCGGGGCUGUGGCGUGUCUGCUUUCUGGCAGGUGAGGAGAGGGGUCACUGCUUCACCAUCGAGGAUGUGAUGCCCAUGAGCGCCCAGCUGACAUCCGAGUCCACGGUCAACGUGCUCAAAAUGAUCCGCUCGGCUACACCCUUCCCUCUGGUCAGCCUCUUUUUCAUGUUCAUCGGCUUCAUCCUCAGCAACAUCGGACACAUCCGUCCACACAGAACCAUCCUGGCCUUCGUCUCUGGCAUCUUCUUUAUCCUCUCGGGCCUCUCUCUGGUGGUGGGCCUGGUGUUGUACAUCUCCAGCAUCAACGAUGAGAUGCUGAACAGGCCCCGCAGUGCCGAGACCUACUUCAACUACAAGUAUGGCUGGGCCUUUGCCUUCGCUGCCAUCUCCUUCCUCCUGACAGAGAGCGCAGGGGUGAUGUCCGUGUACCUGUUCAUGAAGAGGUACACGGCAGAGGACAUGUACCGGCCGCACCCUGGCUUCUACCGUCCUCGGCUCAGCAACUGCUCAGACUACUCAGGCCAGUUCCUGCACCCCGAUGCUUGGGUGCGUGGCCGCAGCCCCUCCGACAUCUCCAGCGACACUUCCCUACAGAUGAACAGCAGCUACCCCGCCCUGCUCAAGUGUCCCGACUAUGACCAGAUGUCGUCCUCGCCCUGCUGAGCUGAGCCCCCGGCUGGGGAACCAUCCCCCUUCCUCCCCUUUUGUCCCUUCCGGCCCCCUUAAUGGUGGCUGAGAUUGUCCCGUGCUUCCCAGGUGUCCCUCAGACCCAGCCAGUUAACUUUGUUCUCUCCCACCCUGCUCCUGCUGGGACUGUCCCUGGGGGUGUCCGGAUUCUGGAGGAGACCCCAAGCCAGU